GUUGAGGCAAGCAAUGCAGGACUGUCUUGCGGUCUCUACAGCAGAACAAGCGGAGGGGCUGUCUGACUGCACUGGAAUUCACUUUCUGAUGGACAGUCAGUCCACCAGCUUGUUUUACUAACCAAAUGGAGCAACACUUGUGAUCUGAUAAACGCUCGAGCUCGACGUUUCGGCGCGCGCGCGGGGCCGUAUCGUAACGUUUUGUCGCGCGCUCUGCGUUAUGGGGACCGUGCUUUCUAUAUCCCCGAUAGCAACUAAAGGCUCCAUUCUGGAAGAAGGAGACGACGAAGCCGAUGGGAGAAUAGAGAAAAGCCUUAAAAAGCAAUCGGUGAUCGUGUCCACGCUCACAUUUAAGCGGUUAGUGACUGCGUCAAGUAAGAAAAAAAGUGCCAAGAAAGUAAACCCGAAUCCUCUCCCGACGAGCAGCGAAAGUCAAGUCGAGCAUCUGAACCAGGAGAACUCCAGGAAAUCCCAACAGCCGACCAGCACUGAGCGGAAAACGAAAAAUGGACCUCUCGCGGUGCCAAUUCCCACGGUUCCUCCCCAGCAGGAGCAGGAACAGUGUACUCCGGCGGCGAAGCAACUGGUGUCGGUUCAGAAGCAGCCCAGCAGCCGGUCUCUCAUCUCUCCCAGGCGCGUGGUCGUCCAGGCCUCCACUGGGGAACUGCUCCGGUGCUUGGGCGAAUUUCUAUGCAAACGCUGCUGCAAAAUGAAGGAACUCACCCCGAAUGAGGUCAUCCUCUGGUUCCGAAAUGUGGACAGGACUUUGCUUCUGCAGGGCUGGCAGGACCAAGGGUUCAUUACGCCUGCCAACCUCGUGUUCGUCUAUCUGCUCGUUAGGGAAACUGUGACCGAUGAUGUUGACAGUCCACGUGAACUCCACGGGACCUUUCUGACAUGUCUGUAUUUGGCGUAUUCCUAUAUAGGCAACGAGAUAUCGUACCCUCUCAAGCCCUUCAUGGUCGACACCAAUAAGGACGUGUUUUGGGAUCGUUCGCUUGAUGUCAUCGAUAAACUGAGUGGCAAAAUGCUGCAGAUUAACAUGGAUCCGCACUUUUUCACAGAGGUUUUUCAAGACUUAAAAAACGAAGGAGAUUAUAAGAAGGAUGCAAGCGAACUGGACCGCUGAGUGAGAUCAAAGUCUGAGCGGAGAUCAAUUAUUAUUGAUGUAAUCUCUGCUUGUGUUGCACAAUGAGCUGAUUUAUUAAUGCUAUUUAAGACAAUAUUUAUUUUGUUGGCUUUGUUUUCAAGAGUAUUAGUAGGCUACCUAAAAGCCGACAUGGCUAGAUGCAGCUAAAUGCAUGACAUAUUUGUACCUGUCAUUCACUGUCAUUCAUAAAAUGGGAAGGCACAUUAACGUUUAUUCUUAUAUAAAUGGCAAUGCUCUGUACUCGUUUCUCGGUUAUCUGGGUCACUAUAUCCUCCUGAGACCCCCACAAACUUGUUUUUUUUUAGGCAUAUAUAGUGUAGAUAGGGUGGCCAGGUUUUUCAGAUAUUCCACAGUCAUCAAAGUAUAGGUAAUAAUCACUAUAUGCAAUGUUUACAAAAAAAACCCAACAAAUCUAUUAUAUUAAUGAAUAUAUAUUUUAGCGUUUCCCUGUGAUGGAAUGCGGCUUAAAGGGCAUCCGCUGCGUAAAACAUGCUGGAUAAGUUGGCGGUUCAUUCCGCUGUGGCGACCUCAGAUUAAUAAAGGGACUAAGCCGAAAAGAUAACGAAUGAAUGAAUUAAUAUAUUAAUUUAGUAAAACAUUGCUAAACAAAUGAGCAAUGAACACUAAUUGCCUUUUUUGAGGUAAAUGUGACAUGGUGGUGACGUUGUUUACAGUCUUUGUUAUUGACGUCAUUUCGCGGUUAAACACUGAUUGAGGGAUUAUGUAAGACCUCAUGCAUUUCAGUUUUUAUGCACUUAGAAAGUAGCCUAUGAUUCUUUAAAAAGUCUCGGAAGUUAAUUUAGGUGUUUCCACAAAACACUACACAUUAAUCCACAAAGGAACUUUGAUUUAAAGUAAUGUUUGCUUUUGAACGUUAUUGACUACGUUUACUGGGUUAUGACAGGAGAUACUUGAAACUCUGAAAUUCAGAGAUUUUAGAAAACAUAAAAGCACUAAAGGUAAGCACUAAAGAUUUACCUGAAAUGAAACUGUCCAGAAAAGGGAUGUCUGGCCAACCCAGCACUAUAGAUCAAAUUUACCUUUGUAGUUCUAAAGUACAAAUGAUUUAAUUAUAUUGGCAGCGUUAUUACAUAUAUGAAGUCUGUUUGAAACGUACGAAGCCUUAAAGGUCGUUAAAAACGGGGUUUUAGGAGGAUAGAGCUACAUUUGAAGAGCUGUGAAUGGAACUAUCCAAGGUGCUGACCCGUUUGUGCUCAUGCUGCUGAAUUGACAGGCCAAUGCCUCCAGCCAUUCUGAAUGUAAAACUUGAAUGCGUUUUCUCUUCAUUGAGAUGUUCUACUUGUGCCAAUCCGUGACGGUUUUUGAUUUAAAUUGGUUUGAGAAGACUGAAUAGAUUGUGAUUGGAGUUUACUUUCUAUUCUGACAUGAUUUUUGUCAGUGCUUUUGUUUGAAUUAAAUAAAACCCAGUCUGACUGGUUUUGUUGAUG